AUGAACGCGCUGCAGCAAAAGUGCCGCCCCAAACAUCAAGUCCUGGUGCUCAAGUGCUACCCGCGAACCACAAAGGGCGCCGUCGACGUCAAGCCAAACAGCAGCGAGCUCAGCUACCUGCUCUUCUACGCCACCAGCCGCCGCUCCAAGAUCCAAAAGAUUGGCGCCUUUCUCGAGAAGAAGACGGCCAGCGAUGUCUGGCGCAUGCGCAUCGGAAAUGUCCAGGUGACGCUCGGCAUCCUCGCGGCUCUCGUCGACAAGUCCCCCAAGGACCUCGCCCUCAUCGCCCCCUGCAUCCUCAAGGUCCUCGACCUCGUCCUCCGCUCCAAUGACAUCACCAUGGUCGAGUCGUCCCUGCCCACCUUCCAGGCCUUUUGCGACCACCACGAGGCCUCGUCCCUCUUUGCCGACCACGACCAUCUCCAGCAGUACCGCUCCAUCGUGACCUCGUACGCCCGCCUCGCCUCCUCUCAGCACGUCCCCGGCAAGGCCCCCGUCAGCCGUCCCGUCCAGAUGCGCUGGAGAACCGCCGGCCUCGAUGCCAUCAAAUACGUGUCCUCGUCCGACGCCCUGUCCUCCGUCACCGGCCGCCAGAUCGACGUCAUCAUCCCCACCAUCUUGGACAACCUCUGCCCCGCCAACGAUGAUUUCUUGGACAUGCUUCUGGACCGUGUCGAGGCCGAGGACAGGGUCGACGCCGAGAAGCUGCACCAUCGCCGCACGAGCGUCGCCACCGUCAAGACCGCCGAUACCGCCGCCGACACGAACCCGCUGGCCAUUUCCGGUACCGCCCUCGAUGUUGACAAGAUAGCCGAGGAGGGCCUGGGCGUUCUGGCCAUGCAGUGCCUGAAGAGCGUCUUUGUCGUCCCCAACCGCGCCCAGAUCCAUGCGGCCACCGUCGCCUUGCUCAGCUUCAUCUCCCAGAGACCUUCGCAGGGCCGGGCUACGGUUACAGACGACGCGUCAGACCCUGGGGCCGGCUGGGCAAUCAAAGUCUUUGGCAUCAUCGCACGUUGGGCGCCCGUCCAGGAUCGCUACGUCAUUCUGCUGGCCGCCCUCGACACCAUGUGGAAGACGCCCCUCAGCGACGAUAGUCUGGCGCAUCAUCUGGCAUUGACGGGCAUGAUCCAGUCUUUGCUCCGCUCCGAUAUCAACCUCAUUGGCCUGAGCGUCAUGGACGUGGACGGUAGCAGCCAGAGCGACGAGAGGACCGACGCCGAAAGAGAACAAGGCCUACGCUCCCAGCGCAAGGCCCUCGUCGACCGCCUCGAAAGAUGCAUAGGUGACCUGGCAACGCACGUCUACUACGCUGACCAAAUCGCGGACAUGGUUCUGGCACUCAUUGAUCGCCUUAAGCCCGGCCGGUCCUCCAGCUCCAGUUCGCUUCCCCGCGGUGACGAGGCAGACGGGAACGAAAACGGGGGGCACGCAUCGGCGUCGGCGCUUGAUUUACCGGGAUCGCAGUCGCCCUCGGGCGCCCAUGUCUCUUCCAAGAUUCUUAGGAUAUCUGCCCUGAGGGUCAUCAAGGCCAUUCUGAUUGUCGCCAAUCCGAAGACGAAUGGUGGCGGAAACAUGGACCUGUCCCGUAAUCGUGUUCCCAUCACCGUGUGGGAAGGAACACAGUGGCUUCUGCGGGAACCGGACGGGCUCGUCAGAAAGGCCUACGUCGAUGCGCUGGUGACAUGGCUGGACCGCGAGACCACGCCUGCCGACUCACGGGCACAGGACGAGCUCGCCGUCCCUCACCGCCAGUCGGUCAAGGGCGCCGAGCGCGAGCCGUCGUAUGGUCGGCGAGUUGUGUCGGCCGCCUCGGCCCGCGAACGUCAGCCAAGGGAGCGGCGAUGCCAAGUCUUGCCGCUGCUGCACCUGGCGGCGUACGACAGCGCUCUCCAGUUCCUCGAUUUUGACAGCGACAUUGCGCUCCUGCAUAACCUCCUCGCGAGACUCGUCAUCAAGCUUGGCGUCAACGCCGCCCGCUAUGGCAUUCCCAUGGUUUACCGGUUGCAGGAGGACGUACAGGUCCUGGAGCAGCCCAUCCACAAAGUGCGCAUCGCCGCCUUGUGUCACGGGUAUUUCUGGGCUCUGAUCGAGAGGUUUGGCUUUGAGUCGUCGGUCGGCGGACGCGCGAUUCAAAAUGAGAUUGCUAGGCGGAGGAGCAAGGGAUUCUGGGCCGAAGGCGUGCUUUUCCCACCGCCGUCGAUUGGUCAAGUCGGAACCCCGGGCCAGCCUGGACCUCAGCCUGCCUGGGAUCUCGGCACUCUCGAAAAGGAGGCGCUGCUGCCGUUCGACGACCGGGCGUCGCUUGUCCAGGGCAUUGCCGAGAGCUAUCAGGAGAGCAGUCUGUCGCCACCUGGAAGUCCUGGGGCGUCCCAAGGGCGAGCCGUUUCCAACCCAAUCUUGUCCUCGAGCGCAAAUUCGAUGCCCUCCGGAGAACACUCGCCGGAACUGCCCGUCGUCUUUCGGGACAGCAUGCUGUCCGAAUGGUCGAGGGACGGCGCCAUAGCGGCGCUUGCCGAAAGCAGGACGGAGUCUCUCGACGGGUCUAGGACGGGAGUGAACGGAGGAAGUCACCACAUCCCGUCUCCGUACGGCAGCGUCCACCAUCUGAGGCCUCACUCGUCUCAGGCGCACGGCGAGCGACUGAGCUCCUUGUUGAAACCACGCAAGACUAGCGCCCGGAGUGGCGUCUCGCCGUCGGCCUCGGAGUCGAGCAGGGGCGGCAUCGCCUCGGUGGAGCAGUUGAAGAUGAUAUUGUCGGGCAACGCGACGCCGCACAUGGCAGGGAUCCCGAGCGCCGGGGAUGACAGCGACGAGAGCAUGGUCAGCUACGAGGACAGCCCUUCGGAGCGAAGCUUGAGCCCGACGUCACGGGGAGAGCAGCUGUUCAUGAUGGGCGAGGCCCUCGGCCGGUCCCGAUCAGCAUCAGGGUCGUUCAAGGGGCCCCUUACGUCGAACCCACCUUUCAAUGGCGAGGCGGGCGAGGAACAGGGCGAGGAUGAUGUGCCUCCGGUGCCCCCUUUGCCGAAACUGAGCGCACUAUCGAUUCGAGGCGGCAUUCCGCAAGGGGUCAUUGCGACGCAAGAUCACGCCGUUAUGCCCCCGAGGCUAAACACUGGCAGCCGCGGCGGAGAGAGCGUGGCGACACGGCCACCGCGAUCGCGCUCCGGCAGCAGCAGAGGGAUGGAUCUGCAGGAUCUUUUGCGAGGCAUCGACAGCAGAGCAGGAGACGGAAGCCUGGGCAAUCUGAUCAAGCCGCCCUACUAG